AUGUUUUAAAUCUAUUUAUAUAUUAUUUCUAUAGCAGCUGAUCAUAAAUUUGAAAAAGGAUUUGUCAAUCACUUCAGCUAUUUUGUUAAUAACAAUUUAGUUUUAUAUACAAGUUUAACCAAAUUCAGAUACGAAGAACUUUAUAUUCCUUUUUAAAAAUAAUUUGCCUUAGUGCCAGAUGUUUACUUAAACCUUGCUUUGCUUGAUAUUGGGUAUCAAUUUCCUUAAGGAUAUUCAUUAGUAAUAACUAGUAUCACCACAGCUGGUAAUUUACUUAACUUAAAUUUUUAGGGUUUAAAGUGAAGAUAGUCUGUGAGACUAUAAACCAGUUUUAUGCAGUUGAGUUUAAUUGGUUUGCAUUUAAUGAUGAGAGAGUCUAAGUCAUAAAUAAUUUUAAUAUAACUAAUCCAUAAACUUAAUAUACUCAUGCUUACUAAAAGAAUUGUUAAAUUAAUAUGGCCCUUUCUAAUUUUUUAAGUUAUUAUGCUUUAGGAUCUUAAUAUAAUUAUUUAACGGUACAAAAAUAUAUUAUUUAGGGAUUAACUUUGACACCUGAAACUGUGACAAUAAGUUUUUCAUUUUAAGGACUUAAACAAUUUGGAUAUUAAAUAAUAUUGAGUAGUUCAGAUAUUUUUUUAAUUGGCCCCACAAUAAUAAGCAUUUAACCUUCUGGUUCAACUUAAGUUGUCAAUUUUCCAACUGGAUGGACCAUAUAAAAUUGUUAUCUAAAUCUUCUAGGGUUUAAAUAUGAUGGAAUUGAUUUUAAUUUUAGAUUAUCCACGAAAACAACAUAUUCCUCUUAAGUUACUGUUGAAAUUUAUACUUGUAAUCAAUUAAUAAUAUGAUAGGGAGUUCCACUAUUUUUACAUCAAUGUAAUUUAAUCAUUUCUGUAUAAAUCACGCUUUUUUUGAACUGGCUUAAUUUAAUGGUUUAAUGUAAUCUACAUUUUUUGAUCCUAAUAAUUAAAUAGAUACUCACAUUGAAAUUAAAGAAAUAAAUUACUCUUAAAAUCAAAUUAUAUCAGAGGAGAUUACGAUAGCAUAAUCUAUAGGAUCUAUAACAAUAAUUUUCUAUUGGUAAUGUAUAGAUUAGGAAAUGUUAAUGAUAUAACUACUCUGUCCAGAAUAAUGGUGUUCUUAGACUAACAUCAAAUGUGAUAUCAAUAAAAUUCAUACAGUCCGAUUAUAAGCAAAGUUUUUGUUAGAUUAAAAUUAAUAGCAAUAUAUUAAAAUUGCUAAGACUUCAGUUUCAUUAUCUGCAACCUAAGUCAUAAAAUUGACUAAUCAAUAUGAAAAAACAUUAUUUAAACUAGAAAUAGUAUGA